AUGGCACAUCGCCCAUCUGCCCCAUUCUUCCGCCCCUACCAUGACGACGACGACGAUGAUGCCAGCGACGACUCCCAAGCCUCCCAAGUGUCUCCGUCCUCCCCUGCAUCGUCUUCCUCGCGCUUCUGGCGACAAUGUCGCAAGUCCAGCCAGCGCCUCCUCGAGUCCCGCACCAAGCACUUCGCCGUCAUGAGCGUCGUCGCGCUGGACGUGGCCGCGCUGCUCGCAAACGUCUUCAUCCAGCUGAUUGCCUGCGAGAUGCACGAGAACGACGAGCCCUGGGUGGACAAGGUCACAGAGGGCCUGGAAAUCGCCGGUCUGGUGUUUAGCAGCCUCUUUCUGCUCGAGCUGUUUGCGUGUCUGUUUGCUUUUGGGCUGAGCUACCUUGCCUCUUGGUUCCAUCUCUUCGAUUCUGCCGUCAUUGUUGCGAGUUUCAUUAUAGAUGUUACCUCCAGAGGUCUUACCGAGUCCAUCGGCUCCCUGAUUGUCGUCCUUCGUCUAUGGAGGCUGGCCAAGAUAUCCGAAGAGGUGGUGCUGGGCGCUACAGAGAGAAUGGAAGUUCUCGAGCAGCAGUUAGAUGACCUCGAAGCGGAGAACAGCAGACUCCGAGCUCAGCUGGGCAUCGAGUCAUCUAACCACUCAGGCAAUGAGGAGGAUCGCUGA